AUGGAAAGAAGUCAUCUUGCACCUCUAGGGGGAAUGAAGCUAUCUAAAAGUGUUAAUAAUAGUUGUGAAUUUAUUGGAAAGCUGAGAGAAACAGAGCUUGAAGAUUCAUUGAACGAAUCAAUUAUUCUUUCAUCAGUUGUUCAGCGCAAAAUAAUGCGGUCCCACUCAUACGAUGACUCAAAAGAUUUCGUUAAGAAUGCAGCUCAAAAGAUUUCCAAUAAUCUUGAUCUUACUCCAAAAAGAUUUCGAAAAAGAAAAAGUACAAACACAGUUCCGACAGCAAAAUUUACUAAAAUGGUUAAUGAACUUAAGCUCCAUAAAAGCAAAUAUGAUAGCGCUAAGAGUUCCAUGAGAGCUUUGUCUGAUCUUUACUUUGACAAUGGAUAUCAAACAUCACUGUGUGUUCCAUUAUCAUCAACUGUAUCUGCACUUGACAAACUCUUAGGAUGA